AAAUUGUUAAUUGUUUUAUAUUCUCUUAUAUAAGGGGCUAUAUCUUUAACGGACUACAGUGUAAUACUAAUUUAAUCUAAAACGUUUUCAAAAAUAAUGUAUUAGUAAUAGCCUACAUCCGUAGACAGUGCUAUUAGUAGGCUUCAUCCAAAAGGGCCAACAAACAUAGCGAUUCAAAAGCCACUUAUUAACAUGCAUUACGAGAUUGACACAUGAAGCGCAUUUGACGUAAUUAGCCUAUCUUCCUGAAGACGUGUCUGUAAUUUAAAAGAUAAGAUUAUAAUAAAACCACUACACACCAUUCCCUGGCCACUGCCAACAAAAGGUAGAUAAGGACGCCUAGCUGGCAAUGGCGACCUGCGGAUUUUACCCAUAGACUAUAAUUGCUCUCACUGGUGACACUUCCACUGAAACUUCCAAGUUCAACUUACUCAGACUAGAAUUGAGAGUACUCAGACUCGUCUCAGUCUGUGCACACUACACUUAGAUCUAGAAUCUAGAACUCUAAACUUAUUAAAUAAUCUAGAUCUACUCAUCUAGUUAUACUAUUACUAUACUAUAAAAUACUAUAAUCAUAGUAUAAUCUAGAUCUAGAUCUAGAACUAGAAGUUCAAGUUCUACACUACUACUCAGUACUAGUCUAGUAGUAGUGAUAAGUAGUACUACUUGACUUACUACUAGACUAGUCUAGUUACUGGCUAGAGUCUAGAAGUUAUUAUUUACACUGUAAAGUGACUCACGUAACAGUUAUCUCCUAAAGCAGCCUAAAGCAGUGCAAGUUAUUAGGAGAUGAUGAAAUAUCUAUGAAAGAGUUACCAAAGAAAACAAUUAAAAGAGCUUUUUAUGAAGUUUGUUAUGCAGUCAAUCAUAAUCAACUCAAGAUUGAGAAUGCAGUAUCUGUAUUUUCUGAACUCAAGGAAACAUUUCCAUGGCUACCAUCUACACUUGCUGAUGUACUGGGAAUAGUGGAUGUUGAAACUGCUUGCUCUGAUGAAUUGACAAGAGAGAAAUUUAUUACACUAGUUGGGGCAUUACGAAACACUAUUAUAGCUGAUGGCCUUUUAAAAGAAAGAUUAGACCAAGACUCCUUAGAGUUGGUUUAGUCAGUUCUCAAGUUGGAUUUAAUCAGAAAUAUGUGAAGACCAAAACUCGACUUUAUUACAAGCAGCAGAAGUUUAAUUUGUUAAGAGAAGAAAGUGAAGGCUACUCAAAAUUAAUCACUGAAUUAAAUCCAGAUUUCAAUCUCAAGAUUUCCUGGGAACAAGUGCUGCAGAAUAUUCAAUCAUUGAUUGGUUGUUUUGAUCUUGAUCCUAACUGCGAGUUAGACAUUAUCCUUGAAGUUUUUGAAUGCCAUCCUGAAGAGAGCCCCUUCUAUGUUCCAUUCCUGCGCGCAUACAUUAUAGACAAGUUGACUUUGUGCCAUAUUCUAGGAUUUAAAUUUCACUUCAGAGAGUCUGCUGACUGGAGCACUCCCAAAUCAUUAUUCACAUAAGCAGCACUUUUAUUAAAGAAUGAGCUGGUAGAUCUAGAUGACUUGUAUCCUUAUAUUUUGCCUCACUUUCCAAGAAUGACUCAGAUUGGAAUGGCCAUAGAAAGACAAGUGGAUAAACUUAGUAAAGAGGAGAAGGAUAAAAGACCAGAUAUUUAUGCAUUAGUUAUAGGGUAUGCUGGACAGUUAAAGAGCAAGAAACCAACUUGGGUACAAGAAACGGAAUUCCAUAUAAAAGAAGAUGCUCCAAAGAUGUCAAACCUGAACUCAGUUCAAGAGAAGAGAAGAGAGCUACAGAAAGUGAAAGAGAGAAGAGAGCAGCAGAGAAAAAAGAAGCCAGAGAAAAGAAGGAAGCUAAAGUCAGAUCAAGCAAUGCACCAGAAAACAAUGGAAACUUCCAAGUUUUUUUUGGCCAAAGAGAAAGCCAAAGAAGAGAAGCGGGAGAGGAAAGAACGUGAAGCCUUCGCCAAGGAGGAAGAGAGACAUUCAUCCAGGGUGAAAGACUACAAAGGGAGCAGUGCAAGCCACAACUUGAGCUCAUCCUCCCAAAGACAUAGUGCUGAGCUAUCACCCAAACAUUUGGAGGAAAAAGGAACAGUUUAAUGAAACAGAUGGAUCUCCAAAACUGAAGAUGAAAGAAAAGAGAGACAAAUCAUAUCCUUGAUCUAGGGACUGAGACUUGAUUAUGUAGUCAGCUGGGGCUUAAUUAUUUAGUCUUUAUGGUAAAUACUUUCUGGUCUUAAAGUUUCUAGUAAUCAUUUCAUUGCUAGAUACAUGAGUGAGGUGUGUAUAUUAAACAUUUCAAUUGGGAAUUAAACAUUUCAAUUGGGAAAGGUAGAAAAAAAAUCCAGUCACUUUUAAAAAAAACAUAAAAAUCAGUUGGUCCUUCUCAUGUUUGAAUUCAAUAGUUUGUAAUAAUGGCAGUUUAACUUUAAAAUAGUCAUUAUGUUCAUCCAUCCCGGUGGGACUACAGCCCUUGGAGGGCCCUGACCUACUAUAGCACAUCUUUUCAUUCUGAUCUAUCCUGCUGUUCUAGAUCUGCCUCUACAUUGUCAAGCCACUGUACUGUGGCCUACCUUUGAGGUGCCUGCUUUUUGUUUGUUUUGUGAACAAUCUUUGCUGCUUCUCUGUUCUCUGACAUUCUUUCAAGGUGACCUGCCCAGCGUAAUCUGUUCCUUUUUAUUUCCGUCAUUAUGGAGGGGGGUCUUGGUAUAUUAGUGAUCAUAUUACUAAUUAGAGCCUAGUAAUAGAUAAUGUUGCCUCUUAGUACUUAAGUUAGUAGUCUGAUUGAAAGUGUAUAAUUUCCUUAACUUCUUCUCACAUGUUCCAAAAAAACAGAAAAAAUAAAACCAGUUUGAUCUGGAUGUUUCCAGACUGCAGUCUCUUGUUGACUAUUGUUAGUUGGAUGGCAAAUGUGCAGCUUUUUAAACCUUUUUUUUUCCUUUUGAAACAUUGAUUUAUAUAUUUCUCAAACAUUUUUAGAUAGUAACAUAUGUUGAUCUGUAGAUCUAGUGUGGGUGAAUGUGUGAUAUCAUGUACAUUAGACUCUGGCCAUUCAGUUGGUUCUGUAAAAUUACAAAGUGACACUUUUUUUUUCUUGAUAUUGUUGACUUAUGAAUUAGAACUCAGGCUUUUGUUGAAACAGAUCUGCCUUCUGGUCAAAUUAUAUUGAGUCAUUUCUCCAGGUUCAAAACAGUUCAACUUAUGGACCAAGGUGUUGAGUUGAUCGUUUCACUUGUUCAAUUGAAAUCCUAUCCAGUCCUAGUUCAAAGUCUUAGUGUUAGUGGCUAGCAUUGCUUCCAGUCCUGUGGGAUCUACUGGAAGUGAACUCUUAAAUAUGACCAUUUUUGCUUUACACACAGAUUUCAUGUAUUUAUGUUUGCUUCAAAUUAAGGGUCUAAGUGACCUCGGUUGACUAUGUUGAUCAUUGAAUAAAUGAACUGACAUGUCCUUAGAUUAUAG